AUUAAUAACUAAUUACCGCAGGUCAGACCCUAACGCUUAUAUAAAACCCACCGGGAGCCUGCAAAAAAGAAACAGCUUCAGCACCACGAGGAAGAUCGACCUCAGAUUUAGAGAGAUUUUUAACAAAAUCUACAUUUUAUAUGCAUAUCUAAAUUAGACUGUUAUUUUUGUGAGCAUUGCAGAUAAGGAGACGUUUCAUCCUAAAGCUGUUUAUUCAGUGUGAGAUUAGAUAUUAUGGGUUCCGUGUUGCCUGCUGAAGCUCUGGCCCUGAAGGCUGGAUUUAAGCCACACACUUUGGCUCUGUCAGACAUUAUCACCUCAGACAUCCUGCACAGUUUCCUGUACGGACGUUGGAGGAACGCGCUCGGGGAGCAUCUGUUCGAGGAGAAGAGCAGCGCCGCUGGACCCAAAACGGCCUUCACUGCUGAGGUUCUUGCUCAGUCCUUCUCCGGAGAGGUGCAAAAGCUGUCCAGUCUGGUAUUACCCAGUGAGGUGAUCAUCGCACAGAGCUCCAUCCCUGGUGAAGGUCUGGGCAUCUUCUCCAAGACAUGGAUUAAAGCAGGCACCGAGAUGGGACCUUUCACAGGCAGGGUCAUUGCACCUGAACACGUAGACCUCUUCAAGAACAACAACCUCAUGUGGGAGGUUUUUAAUGAGGACGGGACAGUGCGCUACUUCAUCGAUGCCAGCCAAGAAGAUCAUCGUAGCUGGAUGACUUACAUCAAAUGUGCUCGGAAUGAGCAGGAGCAGAACCUGGAGGUGGUGCAGAUUGGAAGCAGCAUAUUCUACAAAGCAGUGGAGACAAUACCACCAGAUCAGGAACUUCUGGUAUGGUAUGGAAAUUCGCACAACACCUUUUUGGGCAUCCCUGGGGUCCCUGGCAUAGACGAGGAACAUCAGAAAAAACAUAAAAAUGAUGAUUUCCACGUGUGCGACACCUCGUCGUCUGUCACGUCCCUUGGCACGGUGGGCCGCAUGCGCUGCGUGAUCUGCCACCGCGGCUUCAACUCGCGCAGCAACCUGCGCUCGCACAUGCGCAUCCACACGCUCGACAAGCCCUUCGUGUGCCGCUUCUGCAACCGCCGGUUCAGUCAGUCCUCCACGCUGCGCAACCACGUGCGCCUGCACACCGGCGAGCGCCCCUACAAAUGCCACGUGUGCCAAAGCGCAUACUCGCAGCUGGCCGGUCUGCGUGCGCACCAGAAAAGCGCAAGGCACCGUCCACCCAGUUCCGGGUCCGUGGUGGGGUUGCAGACCCCCUCCCCACCUCCUCCUCCUCCUCAAAUGGCAGCGGUUCCUCACCCUGCCUCGCUGGUGCACCACAUCCCCACUAUGGUGCUUUGAGGCUGUGAAAGUGUCCCCUCUGCUUUCAAACUUUACAGCCCCCCAGAGCUUAUCCGAAGCUGCACGUCCCCUUAGUGGAUGCUGUCUUGUUCAUGCUCUUUGGCUGUGUGCUGGAGACUCGGUGUGCUUUACGCACAGGAGCUCAAGUUGUGACUUGAGCAACCAGAGUGCGGUUUUUUUUUGUACGACCCUAGUGUUGAACUCUCAAAGCAAGAAACAGCAGAAAGUUCUCAGUAGAAGCCUUGGGUCUACUGAUACAGUAUGUGUUCUGUGUGGCUCAUCCAGGAGCGAGCAAUGUCAAUGAGGUGGUCAAAGUGUGUACUCGAUUCAUCUUUGCAUGCAACAUGUUACAGUGAAAAUAAAACAAACAAAAAAAUGACAGCAUGUUCAAAUCCCCCACUAUAGGUGAGAAAAACAUAGGCACAAAACUAUUUUUUAAUAAAAACCUAAAAAUGAUGGUGGAUUAGGGGGUCUGCAAUGAGCAGUUUUUAAGCCUCACUGGAUCCAUCUAUUGACCUGCAUGUCACGUCAGAUGGGGGAAAAAAAUCAGGAGCACAAUUGUAAAUGAUUAUGUGUAAGGGUUUGUACAGUAAUGUGAAUAUAAUUGUAAAAUCUACUUCUGCAAUUUACUGAACAGUCACUUUAUUUGUGUAUGUAUGUAAAACGUAAAUAAGAAUAAUUGGCUUUAUUAUAUUAUGUACUUUUUCUUUGCUGAAAUAAACUCUUUGAAUAUUCA